UGAUUAACCACGUCUGUAGCCUAAGCAGAAGUGGUGGGUAUGUAUGUGUGCAAUACACACAACAAGUGAAGAGUGUCUUCUUUUAGCUACUGUAUGUGUAUAUCUGAUUAUAUUAGUUUCAUUUGAAAUACACGGCUUCGUUUAACCUAGUCAAUGCAAACUAGUCAAUCAAAGCGGUACUAGCCUAGAGCAGAUUGCAGGUCCAGUGUGGUUUGUGUAGUGCUCUUUGGAAAACAGCGUGCACAACGGGUUUCACUAUCAAUCAGAGGAAUACAUAUUGGCACGACAUAGGCUAUUUACUGUAGGUUAAAGUCUGUUUUACCAAACAAGGACUCAAAGCCACGAGGUUCAGCUCCAGUUGAGAGGAGACAAUUAUCCCAAGCGAUUUCGAAUGGUCCCACCUGAUCUUGCUGCCUCAUGCCAGCCUUUCAUCUUUGAGGCCAUCUUGACAAUAUAAUAAUCCAUCUUUGACUUGGCCCAAACGAGUAAAAUGGUACUGUGUGACAGCAAAGUGUGCUAUAUACAGUGGAUUGUCUAUGUCCCCACGUUCAUGGUGGGUCUUCCCCUCAACCUGGCCGCUCUAUGGCUCCUCCUCUUCAGGAUGCGUCGAUGGACUGAGUCCACGGUGUACCUCAGCAGUCUGAUCAUCAACGACAGCCUUCUCAUCUUCUCUCUGCCCUUCAAGAUGUACGCCUACGAACACAACUGGGGCCUGAGCAUGGGAUUCUGCACCUUCCUGGAGAGCCUGGUGUUCGUCAACAUCUAUGGGAGCAUCAUACUGAUCGUGUGCAUCUCUGGCGACCGCUAUGUUUAUUUGCGAUUUCCAAUCAAUGGCAAGCAUCUGCACUCGCCACGGAAGGCUGCCCUGGUAUGCCUGGCCGUGUGGGUGAUGGUAUUCGCUUUCACCACACCCGUCUAUGAGCUCCACAACAAAAACAACAACGACACCAGAAUGCACAAAGGCAACGAAACCAAGUGUUUCCAGAAGUUCUCCAGCGAAACCUGGAAGAAGAAAUGGAUCAUCAUCGCCAUAGAGACAGUGUUCUCAAUCAGCACGGUUGCCAUGGUGUUCUUCUCGGUGCGCGUGAUGCAGAUCCUGAGUGGCAUGCGGCGACUGAACCCGCUGGACGAUAAGCUGAGGAACAACAAGUCUGUGAAAAUCGUCCUGAGCAACUUGGUGGCCUUCCUGCUGUGCUUCAUCCCCUACCACGUGGCCGCAGUCGUCUACUUCCUGGCCAAGAACCGCACAGAGGACCCGAACGUCAUCAACCCCCUCAGAGACUUCGUCCAUAUCAGCAUGUGUCUGGGCAGCAUCAACUGUCUGACGGACGGGGUCUGCUACUACUUCAUCCUGAAGGAGAACCUGCUGACUGCCAGCAAGGAGAGGAGGAGGAUGUCCACGAGAGGAAACGCAGUGGCGAGGCUCAGGGAAAUCAACCAGCAUCCAAUGGACAACAUCAAGGUCAAGGAACCUGGAGAGAUAGGAUCAGACACCCAGGUCAAUGGAGAUCAAUUGGACUUGCUAGAUAGAUGUGGCUUAUCCCCUCUUGGUGCCUGCAGAGUGGAGAGCAGGGUGGAGACAUUUCCCCUGUAGAUGGAUGGCUAUCACCUCUAUCUGGGAAAUGGAAAACUCAGAUCCCCACAGCAGACAGAGGAGACGAGUUGCUCAAAGAUUGAAUGAAUGGCCAGCACUUGGAAUAAAUGUUUUUAAAUCAA